AUGAAGACGGCCAUUCUCCUCGCUGCCGGUGCGCUGGCCUCGCCGGCCGUCGCCGGCGUCCACAAGAUGAAGCUCCAGAAGGUGCCUUUGUCGGAGCAGCUGAAAUACGCAAACAUCCAGGAGCACGCAAAGGCGCUCGGCCAGAAGUACAUGGGCAUCAAGUCUGAGAACCACGCCGAGCAGAUGUUCAAGGCCCCCUACGUAGCCGACGGCACACACCCAGUGCCUGUCAGCAACUUCCUCAACGCCCAGUACUUCUCCGAGAUUUCGCUCGGUACCCCUCCCCAGGACUUCAAGGUUGUUCUCGACACCGGAAGCUCCAACCUCUGGGUUCCCUCGUCCGAGUGCAACUCCAUCGCCUGCUACCUCCACAGCAAGUACGACUCGUCGUCUUCGUCGACCUACAAGAAGAACGGCACCUCGUUCGAGAUCCGCUACGGAUCUGGCGAGCUUAGCGGCUUCGUUUCCAACGAUGUCUUCCAGAUCGGCGACCUCAAAGUCAAGCACCAGGACUUUGCCGAGGCCACUUCUGAGCCUGGUCUUGCCUUUGCCUUUGGCCGCUUUGACGGUAUCAUGGGCCUCGGUUACGACACCAUCUCGGUGAACAAGAUCGUUCCUCCCUUCUACAACAUGCUCGACCAGGGUCUGUUGGACAAGCCAGUCUUUGCCUUCUACCUCGGAGACACCAACGCGGGCCAGGAGUCUGUUGCUACCUUUGGCGGUAUCGACGAGAGCCACUACACUGGCAAGCUCAUCAACAUUCCCCUGAGGCGCAAGGCUUACUGGGAGGUUGACCUCGAUGCCAUCACCUUUGGCAAAGAGACUGCCGAGAUGGACAACACUGGCGUCAUUCUCGACACCGGUACAUCUCUCAUUGCCCUUCCGUCCACCAUCGCCGAGCUUCUGAACAAGGAGAUUGGCGCCAAGAAGUCGUACAACGGCCAGUACACGGUCGAAUGCGACAAGCGUGACAGUCUGCCCGACCUCACCUUCACCCUGACUGGCCACAACUUCACCAUCGGUGCCUACGACUACAUUCUCGAGGUCCAGGGGUCGUGCAUCUCUGCCUUCUUCGGCAUGGACUUCCCUGAGCCCGUAGGUCCCCUUGCCAUACUCGGAGACGCCUUCCUCAGGAGGUGGUACUCUGUCUACGACGUCGGCAACUCGGCGGUCGGUCUUGCCAAGGCCAAGUAA